AUGAGCACCCGAAAACCACAAAAUAAGAAAGAGCCAAAAGAAGAGCCUAAAGAGGACACAGAAUCUGAAGAAGAGGAAGAAGAAUCUACUGCUGAUAGAUGGUUUAAAGGUGAUCCAAAUCUCCAAAUGCCCCCUCCCAAAAGAAAUAAAAGUGCAUAUCUAUUCUACACUCUUGAAAGAAGACCAGAAAUCAUGGAAAAAUAUCCAGGGAUAAGUGGCCGUGACAUUCUCAUAAAACUCGGAAAAAUGUGAAGAAAGACUUCAUAUGAUGAAAGAGAGCCCUAUCAAAAAAUGUACGAAAUGGAUAAAGAAAGAUUUGAAAGACAAAUAAAAGAAUACGAAGAAACAGGAAAAUAUUAUGACGAUGAAGGAAAUAUUGACAGGUCUCAAUUUUUCUCUCGAAGUCCAACAUCGCAAAGCGUCCAAGCCAAAGCAAAAAGAAAAGUCUCGUUCGAAGAGGCGCAGGCCAAAAAAUCUGAAAAAAUUAGUAAACCAAUGCACAAGGAGCAUUAUAGAGAUCAAGAUGUCCAGCUCCCUCCUCCAAGGAGAAAUCUCAGUGCUUAUACUUUUUGGACCUUAGAUAAAAGACCUGAAAUUAUGGAAAAGCAUCCAGGAAUAAGUGGGCGAGAUAUCUUGAUAGAACUUGGAGAAUUAUGGCAUAAAACGAGUGAAAAAGAAAAAGAGCCGUAUUAUCAAAAAUAUGAAGAUGAUAGAAAAAGAUAUGAAAGACAAUCGCUGGAGUAUGAAAAGAGAGGGAAAUAUUUUGACGAGGAAGGGAAUCUUGAUAGGUCAAGAAUGUUUGCCAGAAGAAAAAUUAGUUCGAGAAGUGUAGGAGCGAUGGCAAAAAGGAAGGCGCAGAUAGGAUAUUAG